AUGGGUGCAGGGCAGUCGAGUGAGCAUGGUGCAUCAUCUCCAGAGGAGCUGAGCUCCGUGCUCGCGGAGCGCUUUGCGACAAAAUGCUUCACGCCAUUAGAGCUCACGCAUUUCAAAGACAAUUUUAACUCCCGGGCCUUAGAGCAGGGAGGCCUGAAGUACUGGAAUGAGAAGGUCCUCUCGGACUUUUUGGGCAUCCCGGAUAGUACCUAUACCCCCUCACAGACACAGCCUUUAGAUGCAGGGCCGGUGAUAUUUCGCAUGGUCUCUUAUCUGGGAGCCUUUCCAUUCCAAAACACGCUCGCCCCCAGUGUGUUGACAUUUGAGGCCAUGGUUAAAGUGGUUGUACUCUUGACAGACCGCUAUGGGAAAGCACUGAAAAGAGGACAUAAAGAUCGAAUCAAGUUGCUCUUUGGCAGCUUGGCUGAUGUGGGGAGGAAGACUCCCGCCGAGCAUAAUGGAGAGUCCACGACCAAGGAUUCCGAAGGUGCGGCUGGGAAUUCCCAUGCGCUGGGGUUCUCCAUAGACGAACCGGUCAAUGAUGAGUACGACGAGGAUGAGGAUGAUGACCUUGCACUUGCAGCACUGGAAUCUCUUGAUGCAAUUGAAGUAUUCAAACAUGACCACCGGGUUGACAAGACCGUUUACGAGACCCGAAUUUCCAUCGAUACGUUCCGUCGGUUGCUCAUGCUACUGCUUGUAAUUGCACCAUUGAAGCCAAUGGAGUCACUGAAGGUUUAUACAUCUGGGCUGGAUGAUCGGCGUAUGGAUUUGGUUAAGAAGGAAGCAGACAGUAUUAUUGCGGGGUUUUCUUCGGAAGAGCGCGCCAGCGGGAUAUCCUACAAGGGUUUUGCUCGAACGAUUUCUCUGUCUCUUCCAUACCUAUUUGAUCCGCUCACUGCUCUGUUCGAGCACAUGCUUUUCAGCAAAAACUUGAACCUAUCUCAACGCCGCCAAAAUGGUCUAGCCACGGAGAGCGAACAGGAGAGCAAGGAGAACGAAGAACCCCCAUCGCCACCGGCUGCACUCACUCUUCCGGGGAGCUUCGAGUCGGCCAUAUUAAACCCGACAAUCAACUCUCAUCUUUCAUUCUUCCUCCCUUCCACAUCACCCGAUAUCAAUAUCCUCCGAAGUGACGUCAAACUACACCCUGUCUUCUCGACAAGCGCCCACGGGUCUUCUUUGACAUACUUCUCUCACCACGUCCUUACCUGGCAAUCCGCCAGUCUCCUCAUCCUGCAAGGAUUAUUAGCAGAUUCAUCCAGCGAGGAAUUGGUAACACUGGGUGCAUACAUUCCCCAACCGUGGAAAACCUCCAUAUCGACCUCAGGCUCAUCUUCAAAAACGACAGACCUCCUCCCCUGCCUCUUCCAACUAUCCCCGAAACACAUGCUCCUCCCUGGAAAUCCCUCCUCAUCUGCAACAAAGCCCAACACUCCAACCGCCUAUUUCUCAGCCAACACUGGGAUCGCAAUCGGCUGCAAAAUCCCUGCCCCAUCCCGCACACACCAAACCUACCCGUCUCCGCAAGGAGCAGGCAGUCUUCUUAUCGACGCGAACAUAGAAACUGCCGAAUUCUACGCUGCACCAUUUGGGCACAACGGGGUUUUCUUACCCGCUGCCAAUACACGCCCCGAAGACGCUCCGACGAAGAUUAAGCUUGAUCUUUAUACCCUGGAGAUUUGGGGUAUGGUCCCAGAUCCGGAUGCAUCUUUCUCCGCAGACCCUAGCUUGAGUCCGGUGGAGAUACAGCGUGCAAAGUGGGAAUUUGAGGCACGGGAGGCCGAGCGCCGUCGUAAUAUCAACAUCAAAGCUGGGGCUGGGGAUCCGGCGACCCAGAGUGCAAGGUGGCUCUUGGAAGCGGCCGGAAUUAUUGGGGAUGAGGCGCAAUACGCUGGUGGAGGGGGCUAG